CAACUCCACCCUCGCACCACACCGCCACACAUCACGAUGUUCGGCCUAUCCGACUGGCAGACCAUCGGUAUGGGCCUCACCGGCUUUGGGGUCUUCUUCUUUGUCAUGGGCAUCAUCAUGUUCCUCGACCGUGGCCUCCUCGCCAUCGGCAACAUGCUCUUCCUCGCUGGCAUUCCCAUGCUCAUUGGCGUCUCUCGGACAAUGCGAUUCUUCUUCCAGUGGGGUAAGGCCAAGGGCACUGGCUGUUUCCUUGCUGGAAUCGCCAUCCUGCUGUAUGGAUACACACUCCUCGGCAUCAUCGUCGAGCUCUUUGGCUUUGUCAACCUCUUUGGCGACUUCUUCCCCACCGUCAAGACCACUCUCUGCUCACUACCCUUUGUCGGUCGCUACUUUGCCAUGGUCCUCAACGCUCCGCCUGUCCUCACCUUUACCAACUGGCUCUCUUCGUUCUCAUCACGUCGUAUCCCUACCCCGCGCAAGGGUCCGUGAUCGCCCCAUCGUUGGAUCCGCCCUGCGCACCAGGCCCUGCAGUCCUUUGCGUAGAGUAAACGCCCUUCACUCUCCA